AUGCAAGGGAGAAAAUGUGUGAUUAAGUCUGUGGAUAUGCCAGAAGAUCGGCAGCAGUUUGCCGUAGAGACUGCGACAAAGGCCAUCGAGAACUAUCAGGUGGAGAAGGACGUGGCGGCAGCUAUAAAGAAAGAGUUUGACGCCAAGUACGGACCUACCUGGCACUGUAUCGUCGGACGAAACUUUGGCUCGUACGUCACGCAUGAAACCGGGUGUUUCAUAUACUUUUACCUGGACCAAAUCGCGGUGCUUCUUUUCAAGUCCGGGUAG